AAUGAGUGUCGCCCAGCUGGAUGAACUACUGAAUAUUGAAUUGCUUCCAUCUCUCGACCACCCUGGGAAAUUAUCCAUCGAGUUGAAAUAUUUAUUGCAGUAAUUUGUGGCCUUACAUCAUUAAGGUUGAAUGCAUUUGGAAACUUGAUGCAUAAAAUUUGCAUGCCUCCUCACCCGUUUCUGGACCUGUCACUGGAUUCAAGCCAGCAUGGCCCACACCACAAAGGUUAACGGCUGUGUCUCAGCAAGAACAGAUGAUGUUCUGAAUGGAGACCAUGACAACGAACAGAAAGACCCUUAUUUUGUGGAGACCCCCUAUGGUUAUCAGCUAGACUUAGAUUUCCUUAAAUACGUGGAUGACAUACAGAAGGGAAACACCAUCAAGAAACUGAACAUCCAGAAGAGGCGGAAGCCACCUGUGCCAUGCCCAGAAUCCAGGGCCACACCUGCACACCCAGGUGUGUGGACUUCUACCGAGUCCCUCUCAUCUUCCAACAGUGAUGACAACAAGCAGUGCUCCAGCUUCCUCCUAGCCAGAAGCCAAGUUACGUCAACUCCAACCGCGAGGCCACCUGCCCCACUGGAGACCUCGCCCACUUUUCUUACCGUCCCAGAAAACCGACAGCUGCCUCCUCCCUCACCACAACUCCCAAAACACAACCUUCAUGUGACUAAGACACUGAUGGAGACCCGGAGAAGACUCGAACAGGAGAGGGUAGCCAUGCAGGUGACACCGGGUGAGUUCAGAAGGCCCCGGCUGGCCAGUUUUGGAGGCAUGGGAUCCACGAGCUCCCUCCCCUCCUUCAUGGGUUGUGGAAACCACAACCCUGCCAUGUACCAGCUUCAGAAUGGAUACCAGGGCAAUGGGGAUUAUGGUGGCUACGUCCCGGCUGCAGCCACCACUUCCUCCAUGGGCAGCUCCAUCCGCCACAGCCCCCUGAGCUCCGGGAUCUCCACCCCAGUGACCAACGUGAGUCCCAUGCACCUGCAGCACAUCCGCGAGCAGAUGGCCAUUGCCCUGAAGCGCCUGAAGGAGCUCGAGGAGCAGGUACGAACCAUCCCUGUGCUCCAGGUAAAGAUCUCUGUCCUGCAAGAAGAGAAAAGGCAGCUAGCCUCCCAGCUGAAAAACCAAAGAGCCGCAUCGCAGAGCGACGUCGGUGGCAUGAGGAAGCGGUCCUAUAGCGCGGGGAACGCCUCCCAGCUGGACCAGCUCUCCAGGGCCCGGAGGAGCGGCGGCGAGCUGUACAUUGAUUACGAGGAGGAGGAGAUGAUGGAGAGCGUCGAGCAGAGUACGCAGAGGAUAAAGGAGUUCCGGCAGCUCACGGCAGACAUGCAGGCCCUGGAGCAGAAGAUCCAGGACAGCAGCUGUGAGGACUCCUCGGCGCUCAGGGAGAACGGGCAGUGCCAACCCCCAGAGUGCCGGUCUGUGGCCGUGGGUGCCGACGAGAGCAUGAGUGAUGUUGUCGUGUACCACAGAGGCUCAAGGUCCUAUAAGGAUGCGGCCAUAGGGACCGUCACCGAGACAAGGAAUUCUGGAGUCAGCGUGACAGAGGCCAUGCUUGGGGUGACUACUGAGGCCGACAAAGAAAUCGAGCUGCAGCAGCAGACCAUUGAGGCCUUAAAGGAAAAGAUCUACCGCCUGGAAGUCCAGCUGAAAGAGACCACCCAUGACCGGGAGAUGACCAAACUCAAACAGGAGCUGCAAGCUGCUGGCUCCAGGAAGAAAGUUGACAAAGCCGUGACGGCCCAGCCGCUUGUCUUUAGCAAGAUGGUAGAGGCAGUGGUGCAGACGAGAGACCAAAUGGUCGGCGGUCACGUGGACCUGGUGGACACAUGUGUUGGGACCUCGGUGCCCACGAAUAGCGUCGGUACCUCCUGCCAGCCCGAGUGUAAGAGCCGGGUGGUGGGGCCCGAGCUGCCCAUGAACCGCUGGAUUGUUAGGGAGAGGGUGGAAAUGCAUGACCGAUGCACAGGGAGGUCUGUGGAGACACGUGACCAGAGCGUGGGGGUGGAAGUCAGCAUCUGCGAGACAGGCAGCAACACCGAGGAGUCUAUGAAUGACCUGACCCUCCUCAAGACGAACGUGAACCUCACAGACGUGCGGUCCAUCGGUUGUGGAGACUGCUCUGUGGACGUGACCGUCUGCUCUCCGAAGCAGUGCACCACCCGAAGCGUGAACACGGAGGCCGUUGGCCAGGCGGAGGCUGCCGUCAUGGCAGUGCCUCCCACCAUGGACCAGCACACGAGCACGCUCUGGGAGCAGGUGAGCCAGGCCACCAACACUGAGACAGCCCCCCUCGUGGAGUCCUGCACCAACACGUCCCUCAGCACCUCGGACAAGCAGACCAGCACCCACCCUGUGGCCACACGGACAGUGGCUAUAGGAGAAGGCCUGGUCAAGGACAUCAACUCCUCCACCAAGAUGCGGUCCAUCGGGGUUGGAACGCUGCUUUCCGGCAGCUCUGGGUUUGACAGGCCGUCAGCCGCGAAGACCAAAGAGUCGGGCGUAGGGCAGAUAAACAUCAAUGACAACUAUCUAGUUGGCCUCAAAAUGAGGACCAUAGCUUGUGGGCCUCCGCAGUUGACCGCAGGGCUGAUGGCCAGCAGGAGGAGCGUGGGGGUUGGGGAUGAACCUGUGGGGGAGUUCCAGGAGAACCCGCAGCCCCAGGCUCCUUCGGGAAUGAUGACGGGCUUGGAUCACUACAUCGAGCGCGUGCAGAAGCUGCUGAUGGAGCAGCAGGCGCUGCUUGCUGAGAACUACAGUGAACUGGCAGAAGCCUUUGGGGAGCCUCACUCGCAGAUCGGCUCCCUCAACUCACAGCUCAUCAGCACCCUCUCCUCCAUCAAUUCUGUCAUGAAGUCUGCAAGCACCGAAGAGCUGAGGAAUGCUGACUUCCAGAAAACCAGCCUGGGAAAAGUCACAGGAAAUGGUUUGGUGUGUACCUGUAAGUGUGGAGGCCUGACGUCAGGAGGGCCAUUAAGCAGCCAGACCUCUCAGCCUGAGCACGAGGCGGGGACCACAGAAGGGAAGCCCAGGAGCCGCCAGGAUGCCGUGGCCUCUCAGGAAAGCGCGCUGUCUCCAGUGAACCUGACAGAUGAUCAGAUAGCUGCUGGCCUCUAUGUGUGUGCAGGUAAUGAAAGUACGCUGAAGUCCAUCAUGAAGAAGAAGGAUGGUAACAAAGAUGCAAACGGCACAAAGAAGAAUCUUCAGUUUGUUGGCAUUAAUGGAGGGUAUGAAACAACCUCAAGUGAUGAUUCCAGCUCAGAUGAAAGCUCUUCUUCCGAGUCAGAUGACGAGUGUGAUGUCAGUGAGUAUCCUCCUGAGGAAGAGGAGGAAGAAGAGGAGGACGAAGAUAUUCGGGGAAUGGCGCAAGGGCACCAUGCAGUUAAUAUUGAAGGUUUCAAGUCCAUCAGGGUGGAAGAUGAAAUGCAGGUUCAAGAAUGUGAACCUGAGAAGGUGGAAAUCAGAGAGAGGUAUGAACUAAGUGAAAAGAUGUUAUCUGCAUGCAACUUACUGAAAAAUAAUAUAAAUGACCCCAAAGCUUUGACCAGCAAAGAUAUGAGAUUCUGCCUGAACACCCUCCAGCACGAGUGGUUCCGCGUGUCCAGUCAGAAGUCCGCCGUGCCUGCCCUGGUGGGGGACUACCUGGCGGCGUUUGAGGCCGUGUCCCCCGAAGUCCUCCGCUACGUCAUCAACAUGGCAGACGGCAACGGCAACACGGCGCUGCAUUACAGCGUGUCCCACUCCAACUUCGAGAUCGUGAAGCUGCUCCUGGACGCCGACGUGUGUGACGUGGAUCACCAGAACAAAGCGGGGUACACUCCCAUCAUGCUGGCAGCUCUGGCUGCUGUGGAAGCAGAGAAGGACAUGCGGGUUGUGGAAGAACUCUUCAGCUGCGGGGAUGUGAACGCCAAGGCCAGUCAGGCAGGGCAGACGGCCCUCAUGCUGGCGGUCAGUCAUGGGCGGAUAGACAUGGUGAAGGGCCUGCUGGCUUGUGGGGCCGACGUCAAUAUCCAGGAUGACGAGGGCUCCACGGCCCUGAUGUGUGCCAGUGAGCAUGGGCAUGUGGAGAUCGUCAAGCUGCUACUGGCCCAGCCGGGCUGCAACGGCCACUUAGAGGACAACGAUGGCAGCACUGCACUCUCCAUAGCCCUGGAGGCAGGACACAAGGACAUCGCCGUUCUUCUGUAUGCCCAUGUCAACUUCGCGAAGGCCCAGUCUCCGGGCACCCCAAGGCUUGGAAGGAAGACAUCUCCUGGCCCCACCCACCGAGGUUCACUUGAUUGAGAACGUCCAAAUAGCCCUCGUUGACGUGCCACCAUAGCUGCUACCAUUCCUGUUGGGGUGACAGAUACUGAAUGUAUACGUGCUGUGCCCGAGCUCACCAGCAGACAGAAGCAGAAAGCCACGGGUUCAAGGCUUUCCUCGCGUACGCGGAGCCAGUGGGAGAGCGCCAGCCGGGCAUCGACGCCUCCUUCCUGGCCACCUCCUCUCUGUGGAGGGCACACUUGAACCCCAGCCUCUGCCGCUGUUGAGCCUCUGCCCCGUUACGUACAGUCAAGGACCUCGUGACCUGACCCGAACAGGCACCUCUGUUCCUGCCCCCCAAUCACAGAGAAGCUGCAGGUCUGCGCUGGCACCGUGUCGACACAUUUUCCCACAGAUGCGUGUGUGUACCAGAUGUGGAGCCACUGGACAGCGCUCCUAAAAUUCCAUUCCAGGAUGGUUUCGUUGAUUUUCUUUUUUAUCUUUAUUAUUUUAAGGUAAGGAAGUUGUAUGUCUUUGCUCAUCAGCAGUUUGAUCUGGCCUGAUAGUUUGUGCAUUAAACAUAGAAUAUGGAGCUCUGAGAAAAUACAAAAAUUACGAAAGGAAACAUACUCGGUUUUACCAGGUAGUUGUAUUAUAUGACUUUUUCUAUAAAAGGUAUCUACAUGAAAUUGACACAGUAUUUUCAACUUUUAUAUUCCACAGUAAUUAAAGACAUGAAGAAUGGCAUGUAACGUUACCAUAUUUUUAUUAGUAAUUGCACAGUUCUGUCUGUACCUAAUGAGAAACAUCGAAUUCUGUUAGAGGAAUUGGCCAUGUGUUUGCCUCUAGAGAAACUUAGUGUGGCUCUCUGUAUUUAUGGAUCCCUUUAUGUCAUGUCACAUUUACUUUGGCCCUCUAUGUAUUUAAAUGUUUGAAGUGCCUUAGACUCUUGCCAUAUUUUCAAAAUAAAAUUGCAUUAAGCUCUC